GAGUCACUCACCGGUCACCACCAGUUGACGUCGAGAUGGCAAGGCGAGCGGGUGUGUGCGCUGCGCUCCUCGUGGGCGUCCUGGCCUCCUUGGCGGCCGCCGAGUCCUACGAGAAGUUCCCUCUCCUCAUGCCCAACGUGCGGCCAGAGAAGGCUGAGACCUAUUUCUGCACUCCGAUCCGAAUAGAUCCCACUCAGGAGUAUUAUGUCACCGCCUUCGAGCCCAACGCCACCAUGGACACCGCCCACCACAUGCUGCUCUACGGCUGCGAGACCCCGGGCAGCGACGAGGAGGUCUGGAACUGCGGCGAGAUGGCUCUGUCGCAGCCCGGCAUCGCCACUGCCUCCGUCUGCGGCUCCGGCUCGCAGGUGAUCUACGCGUGGGCCCGCAACGCCCCCAAGCUAGUGCUGCCCAAGGGCGUGGCAUUCAGGGUCGGAGGGAAGUCCAGCAUCCAGUAUCUCGUCCUGCAGGUGCACUACGCCUCCGUCGAGAGGUUCAAGGAUGGCUCUACUGACGACUCCGGCGUGUUCCUGUACUACACAGAGACUCCGCAACCCAAAGCGGCGGGCGUCCUCCUGAUGGGCACGGGCGGCCGCAUCAACCCCAACAGCGUCGAGUACAUGGAGACGGCCUGCACCAUCCAGGAGGACAAGGUGAUCCACCCCUUCGCCUUCAGGACGCACACGCACGCCCUAGGUCGCGUGGUGUCGGGCUACAAGGUCACCAGGAAAGGGUCCGCAGACGAGUGGGAGCUCAUAGGCAAGAAGGACCCGCAGCUGCCCCAGAUGUUCUACCCCGUGGCCAACGACCUCACGCUCUCCAAGGGGGACACAGUGGCUGCCAGAUGCACAAUGGAGAGCAAUCGUGACCGCACCACCAGGGUCGGCGGCCGAGGCAGCGACGAAAUGUGCAACCUCUACAUCAUGUACUGGGUGGAGGGCGGCCUGGACCCCCUGCGCUACAAGCCGUGUUUCAGCGCCGGCCCGCCCCUCUUCUACUGGAGCCGCUACGUCAUCCAUGGGCGCCCCUUCACCAAUAUCCCGAGGACGCGAGUUUCCUGCCGCCCGAGACCGUGGAGGAUCAUUCGAAGUAGCGGCGGCGGCGAUAGAUGAUAGAGAGAGAGAAAGAUGGACUAAUGGAUGAAUCAUUGCUUGGAUUUAUUUGUUCUUUUGUAGAGCCAGCUUAUCCGGCAGUUCAUUGUCUAAUUCUAUUUUUGUGAUUUAUGUAUCAUUAUUUAUUUGUCGCCGAUUUAUAUUCGUUACAUCGUCAGCAGGUCGGUUGAUCACGUGACGUAACGAGGGCAUUUUCGAGAAAAACAAUAUCUAGUAAAAUGGGCAAUUAUAGAUAUUACUUGUAGCUGUAGUUGGUUCUUAUACUUAUGGGUCUAAAGGAUAGCAUAAACUAACCUCUAAAUAUUAUAUAGAACACUUAGUCUGUUUAAAUUGUCUUGAGGUUUCUGUGGCGUCAUUUCACCUCGCGGCGUCACAGUUCACGGUUAUGGCAUCACUGCGGAAGUACUUGGGUAAUGGCAACACUGCUCCUUCCUGUCAUCUUCGGAACGCCUUUUAAACGACUGUCUUUCCUCUCAAGACUAACUACCUUCUCUUAAUAUCUGCCGUUAAUUUCCCUUAAUCACGUUGAACUUUCACCUGAUUUUGCCAUCACAACCUUGCAAAAGGCUUCUGCGGGCGUCUUCCUUCGCAUCAUUUCCUUGGCUCAUGUUUUCUCGUUCUAUCUCCCGCUAUGUCAGGAUUUAUCACUUUACCUUAGUUAUGGUUAUCACUUGUUCUUCCUCUUUUUUUCUUUUCAGUUUUUGUCGUUUGUUUAUCUUUUAUUAGUUGUCCUUCUUUGGUAUUAUUUCUCCCAUGAUUCUAUGAUUUAUUAUCUCCUCUUCUCUAUUACAAUAUUGCAACUACUUCUUUGCUUUGUCAUCCAAUAUUUUCAUUUACGGCAUCGCAUUUUAUCAUAUUUAUUUAUCUAUUUAUUUGCUUCUUUCCCCUUCCUUCCUCCCUCCUCUUGUCGCAUCCCCCGCCGU